AUGUACAAAUUUAUUGCUUUUCUUUUGUUUGUUACUGUAAUUCAUGCUGAUGUUAUUAUACACAAAGGAGCGAAGAAAGGCGCGACUCUGAAACCACUAUCAGUGUGCUGUGACAUCCCCGAGAUCGGUGAUGUUAAACACCUAACUACUUGCUCAAACCCUAAAGUUAAUGGACCGUGCAACGAUGUCCAAUGUAUAUUCGAAGAAUCUGGAUUUCUCAUCGAUAAUAACACGCUCAACAAGGAAGUUUACAAGAACCAUUUGAUCAAGUGGGCGGAGGAGCAUAAAGGAUGGUCACCUGCGGUUGACAAAGCUGUUAAAGACUGUGUCGACACAGACCCGAGACAGCAUCUGGAUUUUCCUUGCAAAGCGUAUGACGUUUUCGCAUGCACUGGUAUUGCUAUGUUAAAGAAAUGUCCAAAUGAAGCUUGGAAGUGCUGA